GUGACACGUCAUCUGUUCAUCUGCGGGCGCGUCACUGCCGGCACAGUAGAAAAUGGUCCUCCCGUAACUAAACUUUCCUGGUAUUAUACAGAGGCUGUUCGCAUUUCACGUGAUUCGUGGGCUCGAACACCGCUUCAACAUGGUGCUUAUGACAAUGAUUGCCAGAGUAGCCGACGGGUUGCCCUUGUCGGCCUCUGUACAAGAUGACCAGCAGCAACUUGGCGUAGGGAACACGGAAUACCAGAACCAAGCAAAGAUGUUAUUCAAGAAGCUAAAUAAUCAAUCAUUUUCUCGAUCCACCAUUGAAACAGGACCUUACAACUUCCACUACUUGAUUGAGAACGGAGUGUGCUAUUUAGUACUCACAGAGAAGUCGUUUUCGAAGAGGCUUGCAUUUUCUUUCCUUGAAGAUCUGCAAAAUGAGUUCAACCGUCAGUAUGGCAACAAGGUCAAUUCUGUGAACAGGCCAUACAGCUACAUUGAGUUCGAUACCUACAUUCAAAAGGCAAAGAAGGCAUUUAUGGAUUCUAGAGCGAGAAGAAAUUUAAGUAGUCUAAAUUCUGAACUUAAAGAUGUUCAGCGAAUCAUGGUACAGAACAUUGACGACGUGCUGCAAAGGGGAUCAGUGAUUUCAGAGUUGGACAGCAAAGCCAGCAACCUGUCCCUUCUGUCACAGAAGUACAAGAAGGAUGCAAGAUAUCUGCAUUUGCGCUCAACCUACGCAAAAAUAGCUGCAGUGUCCGUGCUCAUUUUUGUAGCAUUCCUGUACUUCUACAUCUUCUAGGUGCUAUGCUUUUGCAGUUAAAAAAAGUGCUUUGUUGACACAAACUGCAAGAGAUACUCUCAUUUGUACUGGCUGUCAUACUUGUAUAUACGUACUGUGAUUUCUGCAUGUCUUUACACUGUGCAGAUGUGCAAAUUGGCAUCUUGGUAUGCUAAACUUGGUGUGUGUGUGUGUGUAACAUGAAAUUUUCGUUGCAGUAAAAACUAAAAAAUAAACUGUC